AUGGUCUCGGAACGCAAGAAUGGAGUCCAGAAGAAGAAGACGGACAAGAACGGCCUCGGGCGAGCGAUCAUCAACCGUCGUGCGAAGCAUGCCACGAUGAUGGCCGAUCCGACUUUGGUCAGUGUUGCGUUUGGAGGUGGAUUGAGCGCCAUUAGGGACGAGUUGGCGAGCGAGCGAGCGAGAGAGCGAGAGCGUGUGUAGAUGAUCCUAUUUGAUGUUUAGGGCUAAGCUUCUUUUACUGGUUUGCGAAUGCGCUGCAGCACAACUCGGAGAUCGCCGCCGGGCUCAAGUCGGUGACGCAGGAGAACGAUCUCGACGAGUUCCUGACGACCGCCGCUUUGGCCGAGACCGACUUUGCAGCAGGUCAGUGUCACCGCAAUACGGGUGCUGCCGCGCGUACUGACAUAGUCCGAUUCGACCUACAAACGCAGAACGACAAAACAUCAAAGUCGUCGCAGACCCGAAUCUCACCGCCGCGAGUCAUAACCCAUACCUGCUCACGCCCCAACAGGAACGCGAGCUCCGUCAGAAGCAAGUCGACAAUUCUCAACGCCUCCAGGUGCCCCGUCGUCCGCCUUGGAACCGCAAGAUGACCACCGUCGAGCUCGAGCGCAGGGAGCGCGACUCGUUCUUGGAGUGGCGCCGUGGACUUGCCGAGUAAGCAGUCGACGUAUCAAGAUUCGGGGAAAGGUCUGCGAGCCGACUGAUCCGGUACUUCUUUUGGAUGUUUUAUAGCUUGCAAGACAACAAUGCCCUGCUGCUGACUCCGUUCGAACGCAACCUUGAGGUCUGGAGACAGUUGUGGCGCACCUGCGAGCGCUCGGAUCUGGUCGUUCAAAUCGUCGACGCGCGCAGUCCGCUCACCUUCCGCUCCGAAGACCUCGAAAAGUACGUGCUCGAACUCAACGACACCAACAACGACACGGACAAGAGCGUCGAGACCGCCCAAGGUCAAGCAUCGACCUCGACUCAAGCCGAGAGCCGCCCCCGUGGGGAGCGCAAGAACUUGCUGCUCAUCAACAAAUCCGAUCUGCUCACCCAAAAGCAACGCGAAGGCUGGGCCGACUACUUCGAGGCGAACAAGAUCCAGUACGCCUUCUUCUCGGCCGCGCAUGGGAUCGCCCUUCAGGAGGAACGAGCCCGUCGCGAAGCGCUCGUGGAGAGCAGCGACGAAGGCUCCGAGUCCGGCUCCGACGACACCGAGGAAAGUUCGAGUGACCACGAAGACUUUGACCCCAUUGUUGAGGCACGCAGGCAGGAGGACAUCGAGGCCUUGGCACCAGGGAUGAAGAUUCCCAAAUCUGGCAACAAGCUUCGCACGCUCGAGGAUGUGAGGGGGCCCGGAUCAUCGAACCUUGGACGUUCGCCACAGGACGAGGAGGACAGUGAUUCGGAGGGGGAUGACGACGAUGGGAUCGAUGAAUUGGCAAAGCGCAUGCGCUCGGGGCUCGAAAUCACGACAGAGGGCUCGUCUCCCCGGACCCGAAUCCUCACCGUCCUGGAGCUUGAGGACCUGUUCUUGAAGCACGCCCCCGAAGGUAAGUGCACCCCACGGGUGGCUAGAUCCACGUAUGCGGCGGGUGGAGCUACUCUCUGACUAGCGUCCACGAACUCUCCCGCAGUGUCUGUCGCUCGUGGAUUUUCCGCCGAAAGAAUGACGGUCGGACUUGUAGGGUAUCCCAACGUCGGAAAGUCAUCGACCAUCAACGCGCUGAUUGGCGAGAAGAAAGUAUCGGUGUCAUCGACGCCGGGCAAGACGAAGCAUUUUCAAACUAUCCGGCUCUCUGCCGAUGUGCUGCUCUGCGAUUGCCCGGGCCUUGUGUUCCCCCAGUUCGCUUCGACCCAGGCCCACCUCGUUUGCGACGGUGUGCUCCCCAUCGAUCAACUCCGCGAGUUUACGGGUCCGAUCGCGCUCAUCACCAAGCGUGUCCCACAAGCCGUCCUUGAGGGGACGUAUGGUUUGAGAAUCCCCACACUUCCCAUCAGCGAAGGGGGAACGGGUGUCCCUACCGCUGCAGAAUUCAUGACUACUUAUGCCAGUGAGUUCAAGAACACCGCGUUCUGGCCAUGUCCAGCUAAGCUGACUCCAUUACCGCCACUUUCCCCUGCUUCAUUUUCGGACAUCCAGUCGCCCGAGGCUACUUCACUGGUGGGAUGGGAAACGCCGACAUUUCCCGCGCGGCUCGUGUCGUGCUCAAGGAUUACGUCAACGGCAAGUUGCUCUAUUGCUCACCCCCACCCUCCGUCACCGAGGAAGAAUUCAACUCCGAGAAUCGCGACGUCGACAGGCUCAAGUCGAUGGGCCUUUUGAGAGCCAAGCGAGCACCGACGACCCGUGUCCCCGUCAAGGCCGAUACGUACAUCUCCCAGGUUGGGGAAGAAGGUGCUGCUCAAGCGAUGAGCAAAACUCGCCAAUCUGCGAGGGCGAAAGCUCUGGACCGAAGGUUCUUUACUUCCGAGGAACUGGUAGGCCUUCCGGGGGUUCGAGGCGUCGCCGGGGAGAAGAACGGGGCGAGCUUCAGUCGCGUCAGGAUGUUCCCGCACCAACAGGGCCAAGUGGAUGAAUCGGGCAACAAGGUUCCGAUCAAGAAGGCCCGUCGAAUGGCGGCGAAAGCGGCGAAGGCGGCGGCAGCGGCUGAGAAAGGGCAAGACCCGUCCGACAAGAAACACUUCAAGAAAAAGCGUGAGAAGCAGAGAAGUGGUCGAGGCUACGACGAUUGA